CUUUUUUUCUCAUCUGCCAUCCCAUCACACAAAACACAUCACCGUGUACCCCUUCGACCAUAUCUCUUUUUCUUCCUUUUGUACAAUGAUCUGAUCCACUUAUGUCUUCCUUGAUGACUUUCAGCAGUGCGUCCAGUAUGCUGCCUCGCACGCCGUUGCAUCGCUGGCUCGCUGUCGCUUUGUUCCUCCUUGUCAUUGUCUGGUACCACCCCAACUUCAGCGGCUCUUCUCUCGCGGACUCGAGCUCGACGACCAGCUUCUCGCACACUGGCAGCAGUUCGGACGAUCUUGCGUGGGUGAAAACCCUGCUGAAGGAAAACAGCAUUGGACCUGAGAUCGAGUACGCGGCGCGAACAAUUCGAUAUGUGCCUGAUGCGACAGAACGAAAGUCUAUCUCUGAAGUCAAUCAGAACCUCUUCCCACAAUCCUUUACCAAUAUAUCUAUCGACAAGAAGCAGAACCUGCCAUCCUCGAGGCUUUUGGAUGUGCAUGUCAAACAUUCACCGCGACCAGACCAAGUCGAUGCUUCUGACCUCAUCUUCGGCGUCUCCACGACUUAUGAUCGUUUUAGUAAAGAGAAAACGUCUCCGAUGAAGGAAUGGGUGCGCUGGCUCACAGACGGAAAUGGGCAUACCAAUGGCGCAGGACUGAUCCUUUCGCUGUUCAAUACCACGGAGGAGAAUCUGGGGAAGGCUGCAAAGACUUUGGAGGACGUGGGCAUCAAUGCGACAGUGGUUCCCUCGAACAUGGAUCUAGAUAUGCCUGGACGAUACGUUGAUCUCGUACAUAUGCUCUACAAUCACCCAACACGCCCUUCGCGCAAGUACCUCGUGCUCAUCGACGACGAUACCUUCUUCCCGUAUAUGACCGAGUUCCGUCACACCCUAAAUCAGUUCGACCCGAAGAAACCGUACUACAUUGGGACCUUUACGGAACGAGUCGACUGGAUCCUUCAGAAUGGUGCGCCAUUUGCCUACGGUGGAGGAGGAAUCGUUUUGACUGCGCCAACUGCCCAGAAGGUCGUCGAAGCUCCAUGUCUAGAAAAGAAUGCCGAAGGCGUGUAUCUACUGGCAAGCGACCAAGGCGAUCGAUUGCUCUUCAAUUGCUUGAAAGCGCAUACAGACAUCACUCUUACAUAUUUACCAGCGCUGCACCAAGAAGACCAAUUUGGAGACCCGAGUGGCUUCUACGAAUCUGGGAUACAACCUCUGUCACUUCACCACUUCAAGUCGUGGCAUCACGUUAGUCCCGCGAAAAUGCAUACAGUGGCAGAUGCUUGCGGAGAAUCUUGCUUCUUGCAACGCUUUCAGUUCUUGGACAAUUAUAUCAUAUCAAAUGGCUACUCUGUAGCACACUAUCCGCAAGGGAUCAAUUUCGACCCCAUGCAAACCGAAGGUACAUUUGGGAGCGCGAACGAAGACGAUCCCAACAGAAAUGAACUCGUCUUCAGCUAUACCUUUGGCCAACUGCGCAAGAGCUUGAACAAUACUGGAAAGAAGAAAAGCUGGGAAAUUCUGGGCGCGAAGAAAGAAGGUGACGGCCGUGUAAAACAGGUCUACUUGAAGCGAAGAGGAGACGGAAGAUGGCUCGCAGAAAGUGAAGAAGCUCCGAUGAGAGACAGCGUUGUGGUAUUGACCUGGAUACCCUGAAAAGACACCCCUCCGCUACAUGGAUACGAAUUGGAAUGAGGCGGGCUUGAAUUGCAGCGUUUGGUUUGAGAUACCAUUGUGUUGUAUAAAUAUGGGAUUGGCAUUGGACCGGCGUUCUGGAUUGGCGUUUUUCUUGUUUGUAUGCGAGCUAUGUAGAUGGCUGGCUAGGGAGGAGGUCUUCUUACCUUACCUAUGAAACGCGCACAUAUACCAAGAUACGUCAGGAACGCGCACCGCCCAUAUAGGGGACUGUGGAUAUAAUGUAAUGAUCUGAAAGUUUGCUGUCUCUGUUUCUGUUUUACUUCUUUUAUCUGGUUGUGAAGC